GACCCGCUCGCAGCCGCUCCCGGUCUCCCGUCCAGAACCGGAUCCGUUAUCCCGGGAUCCAAACGCUGCAUAAUCUUCAUCCGGGGGCUGAAUGAACACCUGAACGCACCACCAGCAGCAGCAGCAGCAGCAGCACGCGCACACCUCUGGCAUCAUUCUCAUUGUUCACCUGUGUGUCUCACCUGUGAGGACACAUGUCUCAGAUCCACCAUGCGGCUCUGGACCAGCAGCAGCAGCAGCAGCAGUCCGCUCAGUACACACAGAUCUGCACCCGCAGCAGCAGCGGCUCCUGCCCGGCCCCCGCCGAGGGACCCGAGCCCAGCUGCCCCGGACACAGGAGCCGGACCCCCCGCAGGAAGUGGCAGCUGUUCCCGGGGAGGAACCGGUUCUACUGCGACGGAAGAAUCAUGAUGGCGAGACAGACCGGAGUGUUCUACCUGACCCUGGUCCUCAUCAUCCUCACCUGCGGCCUCUUCUUCACCUUCGACUGUCCCUUCCUGGCGUCCAACCUGACCCCGGCCAUCCCUGCGGUGGGCGGCAUCCUCUUCAUCUUCGUGAUGGGGAUGCUGUUCAGGGCGAGUUUCACCGACCCCGGCGUCCUGCCCCGAGCCACGCCGGAUGAGGCUGCCGACCUGGAGAGGCAAAUCGACUCAGCCGGCUGCUCCAGACCGCCUCCUCGCACCAGAGAGGUUCUGAUCAACGGACAGACGGUCAAACUGAAAUACUGCUUCACCUGUAAGAUCUUCAGACCGCCGCGAGCGUCGCACUGCAGCCUGUGUGACAACUGUGUCGAGCGUUUCGACCAUCACUGUCCGUGGGUCGGGAACUGUGUCGGACGGAGGAACUAUCGCUUCUUCUACCUGUUCAUCCUCUCGCUGUCCUUCCUCACCAUCUUCAUCUUCGCCUUCGUCAUCACACACGUCAUCAUCAGAUCGAACCGGACGGGUUUCCUGAGCGCGCUCAAAGACAGCCCGGCCAGCGUCCUGGAGGUGGUGGUGUGUUUCUUCUCUGUCUGGUCGAUCGUUGGUCUGUCGGGGUUCCACACGUAUCUCAUCAGCUCCAACCAGACCACCAACGAGGACAUUAAAGGGUCGUGGUCCACCAAGAGAGGGAAAGAUAACUACAACCCCUACAGCUACGGAAACAUCCUGACCAACUGCUGUGCUGCUCUGUGUGGACCUCUGCCUCCCAGUUUGAUUGACAGGAGAGGACUGAUCCAGGCUGAUACCCCACAGACCGUCUCCCAGUCCUCCCAGUCCAACGGGACCAGCUACGCCUCCACCCAGCUGCACAGUCACAUGUGUGAUCAGGAUCAGUGCAUCCAGAGCACCAAGUUCGUCCUCCAGGCUGCAGCCACCCCGCUGCUCCACAGUGACCCCGUCAUCCUGGCCCCUCUGCCAGGGAAGACCACCACGCUGGGGGGUCCCUGCGCCUACCUGGCCCCCUCCCAGCCCUCCCUGCCAUCCUGCGGGGGGGACGUCCUGACCCUGAGGGACGCCGCCGUCGACUCCCACUGCCACCACCACCUCCACCAUCACCACCAUCACCACCACCACCACUUCGUCAGCCCGGAGGAGACGCCGUGCAGCACGCCGCAGGGCGCCCUGCCCUGCCCCGCCCACCUGCACCUGCACCCACACCCCCCUAUCCCCACCCCCGCUGCCCUGUACGACCCCGCCAGUCAGGACGCUCUGCACGAGGACUCCGUCAGAGGGCUGGUGAAACUCAGCUCCGUCUGAUUCAAACUGUUCGACCCAUAAAGAUCUGAGGUCAGACUCUGUUUCAGACAUUUCAGCCAGGAUAAGCUGCUUGGUGUCAGACGGACGCAGUCGGACCAGGACCAAAGGUUUUUGUUUUUUUACGAUAAAGAAUUGGAUCUUCAGUGUUUAUGAGGAAUAAUAAGAUCUGACUGUUUUUAACAAAAACACAGGAAGCAGGAUUUGGUUUCCAAAAUAAUUUCUGCAGACAUGAGUUCAUGAAGCAACAACACUGCCAGAUAUUCAGCUGGACUUCACCUCUGUAAAGACAUGUUCACACCACCAGUUAAACUGUGGAACGUCACAGCAGCUAAAAUGAAAUCAUCGGGAUUUAAUGCAGAAUUUUCAAAUUCAACUUUGGUGAAAUUUUAAGGGAAAAUUUGCCACCUUUAAUGUGCAAGUCCAGUCAGUGUUGAUGGUUAAUAUAGUUAGUUGAAGUAAUGAAUUCCUCAGUGCCGUGGUUUCCUCCAGGUGCUCUGACAUGUUCUCCCUGUGUCAGCGUGGGUUUCCUCCAGGUGCUCUGACAUGUUCUCCCCGUGUCAGCGUGGGUUUCCUCCAGGUGCUCUGACAUGUUCUCCCUGUGUCAGCGUGGGUUUCCUCCAGGUGCUCUGACAUGUUCUCCCCGUGUCAGCGUGGGUUUCCUCCAGGUGCUCCCACAUGUUCUCCCCGUGUCAGUGUGGGUUUCCUCCAGGUGCUCCAGCUUCCUCCCACAGUCCAAAGACAUGCAGGUUAAUUGGUGACUCUAAAUUGUCCGUAGGUGUGAAUGUGAGUGUGAAUGGUUGUCUGUCUCUAUGUGUCAGUCCUGUGAUAGUCUGGUGACCUGUCCAGGGUGAACCCUGCCUCUCUCCCAGUGUCAGCAGGGAUAGGCUCCAUCUCCCUGUGACCCCCAACAGGAUAAGUGGUUACAGAAAAUGAAUGAAUGAUUUGGUUUCUGUUGGUGUCAGAGGGCAGUUUGAUCAAAGGCCCCACCAUGGAUGGAUUGUUCCCUCUGGGUUGGAGGAGAGUUACUACACCAAGUGAAAGAGUUCAAGUAUCUCGAGGUCUUGUUCAUAAGUGAAGGUAAAAUAGAGCGUGAGAUGGAUCAGUGGUUUGGAGCGGCGUCUGCAGUGAUGAGGGCGCUGCACUGCGCCAUCGUGGUGAAGAGGGAGCUGAGCCAGAAGGCAGAGCUCUUGAUUUAAUGUCCCUGUUCUCGUCUGUCCCCAUGAGCAUGAGUCGCUCUCAGGAUGUUACAGGUGCAACAUGACAACAUCCUGGAACGACUCGUUAAAAAGUGGUGAAUUUUCCCUUUAAACUGAGAAUCAGCCGUGCAGCUGUGUCACCACACAGUCCUGUUGAAGCUCCUCUGUCAGAAUAUAAAGCUGCAACAAUUGGUCAAUUAAUUGAUUAUUUGAUCAACAGAAAAUUAAUCAACUAUUUUUAUGAUCAAUAAAGGUUAAGAGACAUUUAUUGGUAAAAGUGGACAUUUAAAUGAAGUCAGUUCAGGCUGAAGGAAACCGUUUUAUAACGUUUAACAGAUCAAACGAUUCACUGAUAAAAUCAUCAGCUGAUCACUAACAAACAGACGUGUCAGCUGCAGCUCCAAAAUGUGAAUGACUUAUCAUUUAAAUAAAGGUGUUCAAAAGUCUUAAACUGAACCCUGUGACAGCUGUUGAUGAUGUCAGCGUGAAUUAAAAAAGAUAAAUGCCUUAUUUUAUAUUUGAUUUCGUUGAUGUUGAAUCUGUGAAGGAUCGUCCUGCAGAGACUCGGAGAAACUGAAAAUCGUCACUGACAUGUCAGUUUUUUAACUCGCUGCACUUCCAUGACGAUUCCUUGACAGGUGAUGACGCCACACACCUGAGCGCUGCCUUGUGGGAAAUGUAGGCAGCUUUAAAGUGGUGGUGCAGCUGAAGGCGGAGGAGGUGAACUGUGGUGUUGACGGGACGGCCGGCAGCUGCAGGACUCUGAAUCCCUCACCAUGUUGUCUUCACUCAGCUGAUGAUGUAUCUUAGUAACAGGCGUUGUCAUCCAAUCAGUGUGGGAGACACGACGCUGCUGAUUGGACGUCAGCUUAUGACGUUGUGGUUUUGUGCCAAGAAUUUCUUCUCCAGCUGUUUCAUGAACAACUGUGGAUUUCAAUAAAACAUUUUAUUAAAAAAAGAAGUUUGUAGUUUAAAGGUCCAGUGUGUCACAUUCAGGGAUCAUUCACAGCCUGAUUUAAAGAUCAUUUCACUCCGAGAAACAUCCUAAAAAUAUAUUUUACGGCUGUCUAUUGUAUUUUCUGAUUUAUGGAGUGAUAGAAAAACUUUAACAU